CACCCCCACCUCUCUCUACUCCCUCCCCCCACUCCUCUCCACCCAGCCUCCUCGUCUCCUCCGUUCCCGAUUAAAUCGCGGUCCAAAACCCCUCCUCCGGUCCACCGCCGCCCCUGCCCCGCCAUGUCGCCGGCCGCUGGAGGCGCCGCGCCCACGCAACCGGCGGCCAGCGCCGCCCUGGCGCCGGCGGCGAUCGCCGCGCCGCCGCCCCAGGCACCGUCACGGGAGAACCCGCGCGAUCCGGCCGAGGGGGCCGAUCCCGGCAAUGCGGCGGCGAGGAAGACGGCGUGGAACGUGCCGCCGCCGCCGCCCCCCGCCGCCGGCGGCAUCAUGGGCGGCGACGAGUCCUGGCCGGCGCUCGCGGACUCGGCUGCGCGGGCCUGGCCCAAGUCCGCCUCCUCGGACUCCCUCUCCGAUGGCUCCGCCCCCUCCGCCCCGGAGGAUUCGAUUGUGCCGCCGCCGCAGCAGCCACAGCGGGUUUCUACUCCGAUCUCUACUGCCCCAAGCACAAGCCCAGGCCCUGCCUCAACCUCUCAUACUCCCAGUGCCACCACCACCACGGCCUCGUCGCCGCGGAACGGCAGCACUAGCCAGCCAAUUUUAGUUCGGCAUGGUGGCGGUAACGGUGGUAACAGUGGAGGGGGCGGCGGUGGCAAUGUGAGUACUCAUAGCCAGAGCACCGGUAAUUAUAGCAGUGAUGGAAACAGCAGUAGUGGUGGUGAUGGUAACUGGAACGAUGGGGGUCUUAGUGGUGGCAGCAACUUGAACUCUGGUGUUCAUAGCGGCGCCAUUGGUGGCAGUGGUGUUGACCAUAAUAGGAGGGUGUUUGGCGGUAACAAUUGGAAUGGCAACGGUCGUGGUGGUGGUGGUGGUGGUGGUGGUAGCUAUAACAAUGCCACCGGGAGUGGUGAUGGGGGAUACAGAUAUAACGGCGGUAGUGGCAGCGGCCACUGGAACAAUAAUGCCCGACAUGGUAGUGGUAACAACAACGGCUUUGGUGGUCGUGGCGGUCGGAAUCGUCGUGACCACGAAAGAGGGAGUAAUUUCUCGCCAAGGAACUAUUCCCGAGCAUUGCCAAUGCCGCAGCAGCAGGGCUAUUACCAGCCUGGACCAUUUCAACGGCCGCCGCCGCAAUCACCUGCUGCUGCCCAUUUUAUGAUGCCACCUUUCGUGUCAUAUGUGCAACCCAUUGCGUACCCCUCUGAUUUACAGGUCUCCUAUCCUUACUAUGUCACACAAGUUGAGCAGCAGUUUCAGAACAUGCAUCUUAUCCGACCGCCAAUGCAGCCUUUGGCGCUUCAGCAAGAUCAAAUAAAACUCCAAAAUGAUAUCCAGCUGCAGAUUGAGCACUAUUUUAGCACUAAUAAUCUUUGCCACGACACAUACUUGAGAGAACGUAUGGAUGAUCAAGGAUGGGUACCUAUUGACUUAAUCGCUGGAUUCCCUAUGUUGACCAGGUUCACAAUGUUGGGAAUAGACACCAACUAUAUACUAGAUUCUAUCCGCGGCUCUGAGUUGUUAGAAGUGCAGGGAAAUAAUGUCCGAAGACGCAAUAAUUGGGAAGCAUGGUUACUCCACAGAGGCCCACCACCUUCAAAUUAGGUACAGUGAAGAAUCAUAUGACGAAACAAGGCUGCUUGUUAUUGCGGGAGAAGCGUAGAAGUGAUUGUCUAUUUGAUCAUGGGCAGUAUCCCGUGAUAAAUGGACCAUGUAUGUACAGCGGGGUUACAUUUUCAGAGUCGGACGAUUUUGUUUGUCUAGGUCGGACAUGAUGGCUGCACUUGAAAAGCGCAUUAAAGAAAAAACAGUAAGGGGGCAAACACAGCAAUAAAUAGGAAAUAAAUCCCAGAAGUGCAAAUUCUUUUUUCUUUUGGCUGUAUAGUUUUGUCUGAAAAAGAAAUUAUCGUUCCCUUGUUGCCAUGGAUGAUGACGUCCUGUUGAUUGUUGUGUAUGAUAUAUGGGGUUUAUCUCACAGGAUUUCCCUAUUGAA